AUGGCCAACAGAGUGUUCCCUUCCGGUGUUGCCAACCAACCGUAUGACUGUAAAGAAGCACACGCAAUUCUAGACGAGCUGAUACUUUGCGGAAAUCGGGUUGCCGGGGCCCGAAAACGUGAACUCAGUCGCAUUGAAACGUUAUUCCAGAAAUUCGCUAGGCAGGUUGAACAGCAAGGCCUUCGACAUUUGAAUCUUUCUUGGUCGGCGAUUCCACAGCCAGCUCCUACAGCCAACCCGAUUCCAUUGGAGAAAAGCCAUAUGACGAGUCCUGCUAUGGCAAUUGGACCAAACGUGGAAAGUUCACUUUUGCCUGACGAUUUACGGACUUCGGCACAUACAGGGUACUCGGAUAAUUUUGGAAUCUCAUCUCAGGAGUUCCUUUCUAUUGUUGACCAGCUCACCAAUUCAGUGCCCCAGGGAAUGUCAGAUAUGGGACCUGAAUGGCUAUCUGGAGAUGCUCUAUCAUUCACGGAGCCAUUUACCUAG